GGGGGAUAAUGGUGCAUACCAAAAGCUUUAAAAGAAAACUGACAUUUACAGAGACAGAUGAGAUCCUGCACACCUUCCUGCAGCCCCUCACUUCAAACUACAGUUGAGCUGUCAGCGAUGAAUCCAGCAGUUUACCCGCCUGAGGCUGUUCCAUUGCAGGGGAGGUAUGAUGGGCGCCUUGGACAGCCUGGGGGACAUUCAGUGGUUCAGCACACCACUGUGAACGUCACCACCGAACCCCCCAAGGACCACAUCAUCUGGUCCCUCUGCAGCUUUGUCUACUCAUGCUGCCCCAGCCUUGGACUAGCGGCUCUCGUCUUCUCCAUCAAGGCCAGAGACCGGAAGGUGAUUGGAGAUCUGGAGGGUGCCCGACACUACGGCUCCACUGCCCACUGUCUCAACAUCAUAGCCGCAGUCCUGGUUUGCAUCAUGGUCAUUAUUUUCAUUAUUACAGUCACUGUUGUGGCUAUACAGAUUAAUUCGUAUCGCCCCUACUAUGGCUGA